AUGGCUCUGAAGUAUGCAGUGGCAUGCCUCUCCCUCGUGGGCCUGGAGGCCAAGAAGGCAUUCAUCAUCGUGGACACCCAGGAAUGCUUCCUGGAAAAUGGCAGCUUGCCGGUCAUCGCAUCGCAGAUCAUUCCGCAGCUCAACGAGAUCCGCAACCAGAAAGAUUGCCUCUUCGACAUUGUGGUGAAGACUCAGGACUACCAUCCAGCUGGCCACAUCUCCUUCGGGACUUCUCACGGCAUGGCCCCGGAUUCUCCCAACGCGGCAAUGUCUAACUCCUGGCGCGGGGGCAUGACAAUGCAGUGCAUCAAGAAUGGAGGCAGCAACGAGGCCUGCUGCCCACAGUAUUAUGUGAACAGCUCCUCCAUCACCUGCAAUCCUCCCUUUGAGUACUGCCCUCCGGCCGGCUUCUACAACAACGUUACCAAUCCUAUGCUCAACGGAAAUCCGGCGUGCACCCUGUGCGCAGAGUCUCCAGACCAAUGCUUCGGCAUGGCUAUGGAUCUCUGGUUAGAUCACUGCCUUCAGAACGGAGAUUCUACGCUCUCGCCCAACGUGGUGUCGAAGAAUAGCGACAUCAUCGUCCAGAAAGGGCACCGGUACAUCGAGAUGUACAGUGCAUUUAUGGACAACACUAGGAACUACAUGAGCGACUUGGACGCGGUCCUGAAGCAGAACAACGUGACCGAAGUGUAUGCUGCAGGCAUCGCAACCACCCACUGCGUCCGAUGGACGGUCCAGGAUGCCGUGUUUCUUGGAUACAAGGCGAACAUCAUCAUGGAUGCUUCCGCUGGAAUCUGGGGAACUCCUACAAGCUAUGCCAACGAGUCAGAGGCCAUUAUCGACUUUCAGCGUCAGGGCAUCGGGGUCAUCAACACCGCUGACCUUCUUGCCAUGUCGUGUGAAGCGGAUCCUCAGGACACCAGCAGUGCCUCAAUGAACGCCUUGGGCUUUCUCUUCGCAGUUUUGCUUGGCGAACCUGCAGUGGACUUCGAUUUAAUUGGCUUUGAGGAUGAGGGGGAUGCCAAUGUAAAGAAGAGGGCGGGCUCAGAGGAUUCUGAUCCGCCCUACUCCACGCAGCGGACGCCACAAAUGGGACAGGCGCCGCCUUUGGGCGCGCAACUUUCUGCUCAGCUGCUGCAGCAGCUUCUGGCGAGCCAGGUGUUCCAGCAAAUGUCUGCCCAACACCUUUGGCAGCUGCAGAUGCAGGCCGGUUCAAGGCCGUCAUCAGUGCAGCCGUCCAUGCACUCGUCUCCUCACAUCUCUCCUCAGAUUUCGCCGCAACCUUCUCCUCAGCUGGCCUUCGUGCCACAGCUGCUUUUGUCUCCACUGACCACUCCCAACCCGUCGCCGCGUGCUGAGCUUGAGCAUUUGGGGUUUUCGCCAGAGCUUGCGUUCAUCAGUAUCACAAGAAGCAAUAAAGAUCCAUUUCGCUUGGGGUGGAAAGCCGAAGUCUCCAACGAAUAUGCCAUGAGAUCAGUCCAAAGACUAUCAGCCGGCCCCUGUUCAAGUGGCCUCCGUCACAGGAAUCCUCCUGAGCAAGCAUGGAGGUUCUAUGUAACUGAAUACUCUCGUGUGUAA